UUUAAUAAUACGGAUAUUAACCAAAACAAAUGCCAUAUUUGAUAAUUUUUUUAUUUAAUUUUAGAUAAAGAUAGAGAAUCCUGGCAAGCAGCACGUCACGUGAUGCCGGUAAUGCACUUUCCUCGAUUUUGCCUGGAGAAGAUGAUCUUACGAGACGACCGACCCUUUCUUAGCAGCGUGAUGUGUUGGAUUAAGAUUGAAGGCUGGCUAAAAACUUCGAAGUUCAAAGAUUUCAAAAUUCCUUUGUUUCUAUGAAAAUGUAAGGCUUGGCAACGUACGAUUCAAUUGACGGAUGAUUUGAGCCCCAUCUAUACCAUCAUAUAACUUUGACGGACCAUUUUUUCCAUUAGUUGUGACAUGCAGCUGGUUGUCAGUUGUCAUUAUAAAAACUUUGGGGUUGUUGCUGUUUUAUGACUUGUACAAUAACAAAAUAGUUGUGUUUUUACCUCUUACCUUUUUAUAUGGUAUAUAUUAAUUAAUUUAUAAAACCUGCUAAACGUCUUGGAAUUAUAUAAAUAUAUUAGCAGUUACUGAACGAUGGUUAUUCAAAGCAGUAUUAUAUUAAAAUAAUUACAAAUUGAUGAAUAUCGGUAGAACAUAUUAGACACAGCAAUGUCUGAGGAAGGCUUAGACUGGUUGGGAAAUAUUCUGGUAGAAGUACAGCUGAAUCAAUUCCUUGUUCCCAUAAGAGAUGAUUUACAAAUUACAAGGCUUGAACAUUUUGAUUUUGUCAAGCCUGAGGAUCUUGAGUCUAUAGGAAUAAGCAAACCUGGAGCCAGGAGGUUACUUGAAGCUGUGAAGAAAAAAAGAGCGCAGCAAAAGAAGAAGAAUCUUAUAAACAAACUAAUACCGGUAUCAAACAAAACUACUGGAACAAAAAAGAAUGAAGAUUCUAUGUUUAUCAGUGAUUUUACAUCAUGCCUCAUACAAGAAAGCAAUAUAUCAUUAUCAGUUAAGUUAGGGGAUGGUAGCUUUGGUGUUGUCAGAAGAGGUGAAUGGACCAGCCCAAAUGGUAAAUCAGUUCCUGUAGCUGUCAAGGUGUUAAAAGCUGAUGCAUUAAGUCAACCAGGUGUAUUUGAGGAUUUUAUAAAAGAAGUACAAGCAAUGCAUGUGUUAUGCCAUCAAAACCUGAUAAGAUUGUAUGGGGUAGUUCUGUCUCAACCAAUGAUGAUGGUAACUGAACUAGCACCUCUAGGCUCUCUUUUAGACUAUCUAAGGAAGCAGUGCCAAAACACUCCCGUGCCAAUGUUGUGUGAAUACGCCACUCAAGUAGCAAAUGGCAUGGCAUAUUUGGAAAGUAAAAGGUUCCUUCAUAGAGACUUAGCUUGUAGGAAUGUUUUACUUUCUGCAGUUGAUAAGGUGAAAAUAGGAGAUUUUGGCCUGAUGAGAGCUCUGCCACAAGAAGAAGACUGCUAUGUCAUGACUGAACAUAAGAAAGUGCCAUUUCCAUGGUGUGCACCAGAAUCUUUGAGGUCUAGGCAAUUUAGUCAUGCUUCAGAUACAUGGAUGUUUGGAGUGACAGUUUGGGAGAUGUUCACCUUUGGGGAAGACCCAUGGAUGGGGUUGAUAGGUUCGGAAAUCUUACGAAAGAUACUAAAAGAAGGAGAACGUUUGGCACACCCUGAUGCUUGUCCUCCAGCCAUAUACUCAACUUUAUUGCAAUGUUGGAGUAGAAAUCCACAGGACCGACCCACUUUUGCAGCUUUAAAGGAUUUUUUUAGGAGAAAUGUUACACCUGUGAUGAAAGCAUUGGGAAACCUGGAUGAUCAAAACAAAUUGAAAAUAAAUGAAGGUGAUGAAAUAGCAAUAAUAGAUGGUAGUGCUGAACUGUACUGGUGGAAGGGCCAGCAUCAAAAGACAUUUGAGAUUGGGCUAUUUCCUAGGUGCUUAGUGGACCCUCUGAGACCUAAGCAGCCAGAAGAUAUUAGUAAGCCUCUGAAGAAUUCGUUCAUCCACACCGGACAUGGAUCUGCGUUUGGUGAAUCGUGGGGCAGUCCUUCGCAUAUCGACGAAAUGUACCUUAGAAAUCCGAUGGAGCCUCCUGACGUCACAGGGAUGCAGCGGCUGCCACAACCGUCACCUCAGCUAUGCGACAGAAGAAAAUCCUUGUCCAAAAACGAUGAUCGUUCGUAUUUAGUAGAGUUGUCUGUCUGGCUUCGGCAUCGUAUCACAUCAACCCUUAACCACUUUAUAGCAAACGGAGGAUUGCACAUCAUGCGCAACCCCCUUGAGAACCAGUUCAACUACAAGAAGCUGGCCAAUCAAAGAGAGGGUAGCAUCAAGAGAUCAAGCAUGUCCAAGCCGCAGAGACCUCCUCAACCUAAGGUGGACACUGCGAGGGAGGGGGUGCUGGUCGAUAUAUCACCGGUAGAGGGGGAGUCGGUAGUAUUGAGGAGUAAAGGGGGUGCAGUGAAGAAGACUACGACACCGGAACAGAAGGUCGUGUCAUUGCUGGAUGAGCCUAUUGAUGUGCCUGAGGAAGGUCAGAUUUGGGGAGCCGCAGCCCAAGAAAGCAUUCCACAAACAGAUCAAGCUCCUCCACCAUACCAUUCUCCGCCUCCAUAUUAUAACUGUUCUUCCUUUGCCGCUGAUUCAUCCACCUUAGAAAACGAUCCUUUCGACACGUCUUCCGUAUACGCAAAUUCACCACCUUUCCGACUAUCCCCCGUAAGUUUUCAGCCGCUUCAACCUUCACCCACGAAGUCUGAAAGCAUCCCAAAAUACACUAGCCCUACGAAAGCAAAGCCUACUUCGAGUUACGUACAAAGUGAUAUCGCUAAUAGGAGUUUGAAUUAUGGGACCAAGGAAAGCUUGGCGAUAUCAAAAAGUGUAUCUGCCGUGCAGAAAGAUGUCGCUACUGCUUUGGAAACUGGUUCUGUAGAAGAUAAAAUAGGAAAUGGAAUUUCGUUGAUCAAACUGAACGAUUCUCCUACGAAAGCAUCAAAUGAAGCAAAGUUUUUGGUCGAUUUAGAAAAGUACUUGUUAGGAAAGGAUAAAAAUAAUGAAAUUCCUAUACUGGAUCCACCGCCCCAACAGAAAAUUGUCCGGAAGAAUAAUGAAAUUGGUGCUAUUCCAGCUACCUUGCCCAAAGUACAAAAUGGAGCUUAUUCCAAUUUGGAUUUGUAUGCCAAAACAACUGAGGGCACAUCUAAAAAUGAUACGACAGCGGUUGUUCAGAAAAUGUGGUGUGACAACAAUACAAAUAACAGUAAUUUAAAACAGAACAAUAAGAAGAUUCAGGUAGAUACAGAAUUAACACAGAAUCGGAAAGAAAUAUACACUGUGAAUACUGAAUUCGGGCAAUUCAAGAGUAAUAGAAGAUAUGAUCCUGUAUAUUCUUCAUCUUCCAGUAUGAUCUAUGAUAACAAAAUAGAUAGUAGUAGUGUUAAUGGUGUAAAUGCAGGAGCAGGUCCUCAAAAUGCUUAUAACAACACUAGUGCCUACGAUGGGGAAAAAUUGUAUAAUAAUAUUAGCAACAAUUGUGCAGCACCAAUAUAUGAGUCACAAAGUUAUAAUGCUUACAGCUCAGUGCCUAAUGAUAGUCGACUGUAUAGUGAAGUAGCAGAAAGCAUUUAUGGAGAUAGUUUGUACCAGGAGAUUCCUGACCAUUUCUAUAGCCAGGUACCGGAUGAUUUAUUGCGACCUCACAGACCUGCACCUACUAAACCUCCUGCUGGAAUACAACCUUUAAGUAUGCAGCAAAUCCAGAGAAAAAUUCAACAAGGCCAUCUUACAGCCGAUGCCGAAAGACUGAUGACCCCCGAAUAUCGUAGCACUAAGGUUGGCCAAGUAAAGGAAUGUAUACCAGAUGCUCAUGUUGAGGAAUGCCUUUCCUCACUCCAAGCAUGUGGAUGGGAUGUCGCACUAGCUGUAAAAAAUUUGAAGAUUGAAAGAUUAGUGAAGCUAGGUGUCGCAGAUCGGCCCAGGUGUGAAGCAGCAUUACAAAGAACUAACUGGAAUGUUGAACUAGCAGCUUCUGCAAUUCUGGAUACCUGAUGAAAAUAAGCUAAACAUUGAGGACUCUAGCUUGGAAGAAUAAUAUCCUAUGCUGCAUUGACUCUUACAAAUCAAACAUUGCAAUUAUAGGUCUAUAACAGUUUUUGGCGGGUCACACUAAAACUACCUGUAUCACUUUCAUAGAUCCAUCUCCCUUAACCAUGUAAUCUGCCCCUGUGCGAGGACGUUCCUUUGAGUAAGCUCGCAGUCAUACGUUCUUUGGCUUUCUCUCGCCACUUUGAAUAUUUUUUUGCCAAUGUACGAUUAUUCUCCAUCUAGGCUUGUCACUUUUAAGUGUAAGUUUGUUAUAGGCGUGCGAUUUGAGUUUAGUUAUGUUCAGCUUCCUAAUUUAAAACAUGGAUGGAAGCCACGUACCUUCACUACCCAGUUUUUGUGUGUAAGAGCAACCAUGUUGAAGAUCCGAGAUCCCUAUGACGUGAUUGCAAAAUGACAGGGAAAGCGAUCUGAUUGCCAUAAUUAGAGCCUUGUCAGUACUGAUAGUGUCAACAGAUUACUUGUUUUUUCGAUUUUGGCGUUAAGCUAACCCCAUAAAUUCAAAACCAUGUUCAUUUUUUACAUUAAAAAAUUCGGUAAAAUUUGUGUCUAAACUGGACAAGACAUGAAUAGGUUUCGAGUCAUAGACCUUCAGAAUGACAAGUGACUACAAAACCACAACUACAAUAAAAGGCCAGCUUGCUACAUUGCAUAUAUGCAAAAAUGAGGACAAUUCAAUUCAUAUUUUAUCUACAGGGUGGCCGAUAUGCAACUGACUGGUUUGUAUCUUGAAUAUUUGUGAAAUGAAAUAAAAUACGUCCAUUUUUUUCAUCUUAAUUUUUUAUUGAAACUUGAAAAUUAUGUAUGAAAUAUAUCAGACAAAUGUCCGCCUCUAGAAGCCGCGCAAACCUGAGCCUUCUUGAUUAGACUUUCCAUCACUCUUUAGUAGGUUUAGGGAGGAAUAUUUUCAAUCACUUCCGUAAUAUUGUUCUUCCGCUGCUCUACAGUAUUUGGUUUGUUGCCAUAAACCCUAUUUUUCAAAAAUCCCCCAUAAAUCCGGUGACCUUGGUGGCCAGUUGACAUCAGAAAAUCGAGAAAUUAAACGUCCCGGAAAUAUUGUUCGCAAAAGAUUCGUUGUGUCCCUAGCUGUGUGACAAGUUGUUCCGUCCUGCUGGAACCACAUGUUUUGCAGAUUAAAUUGUUGGAUUUGAGGAGCCUGAAAGUUUUGCACCAUAUCACGGUAGCGCUCGCCAGUGACAGUAAGAGAAUUACCUGCAGCAUCUUCAAAGAAGUCAGGUCCAAUGACACGAGGGUUCUCUAAUGCUCAGAUAAGACAAUUCUGCUUAUUAACAAAUCCGUUCAUAUCGAAGAGAGCUUUAUCGCUCAGUAUCAGUUGUCGGUAAAAAUCAUUAUUUUGGGCAUUAAGCUACAAUAUUGCAUGACUAUCGGCGACUUUCAUGGUCACUAGGCUGUCGUUCUUGGGUUAACUGAAUUUUAUAUGGCCGCAAAUGCAAGUCUUGUUUCAAAAUAGUGCAUAAUGUCGUGCGACGAAUACCCAGUUCUUGAGAACGAUAUCUGGUAGACGUCUCAGGGCGCUCCACUACAAUUUCACGAACUCUCUCGAUAUUUUCCGGAGGACGAAUAGUUUCGAAACGGACCGACCUUGGCAAGUCUUUAAUUUCACCUCUUUGUUCAAAUUUCCGCACCAACUGACGAAUGGUGUUGGCACUGGGCAUAUUCUUUCGACCGAAAUCUUGUCGUAUUUGAAUCGCUGCAGCAAUCGACUCAUUUAAGUAAAACGUUUUAACAAUACGGACGCGUUAAGGGAUCGUGUAGCGCUCCACGAUGAAUUGGACACAUGUGCUUUAAUCAACUACUACGGCGCCACCUACUGAAAUGCGUGUAUAAAAAAUGGCGCGCAAUUUAAAUCAGUCGGUCAUAUAUUGGCCACCCUCUAUGAUCUAAAACUCAUAUUUCUAUUAUAUUCUGACUUGAUUCUAACCAAUAUGUUUUUAUAACUUAGAAUUAAUUUAGUUAAGUUCACCCAUCUUUGAGAAUUCCAGCAACAGCGCUGAAUAAGAAAAAAUAACCUAACGAAAUAAGCUAUUCUCCAUGACUAACGGAGCUUUCUUAUUUCGAUAGUGGAGGACGAACGCUUGUCUUGCUAAUGAGCAAAAUCAAUAUAAGGAAGAUCAUAACCAAGCAGCACAACAACAGCAUUAAAAACUCUCUUUUGCCAAUUUGGAACUAUACCCCAUUCGUAGUCCAUUUACACCCAGACAAAACACAACAUGCCCAAAAGCGAGAUUGUACAGGUUCGUAUUUUCCUCAAUGGUCUUGGAAUAAUCCAACAAUGAUUAUUUCUAUAGAAAGAAGUGCACUUACUUUUCACAAUUCUUUAUUCGCUGGAAGUACUUGAAUCAUUGACCGAAUGGUUAAUAUUAAUACAGGUUCAAUUUGAAUAUCGAUCAUAUUGUCCAGAUCCCACAUAUUUGUUUCGAUUGUCUCUUGAACGUGACGGAUGCAAUAUUUCAAUAUUUCCAAUGCUUUGUCGUCACUCUAUUGACAGCUUAAUAAAACAAAUUUUUGACGUCAGAAAAUUUGAAUGUUCUAUUACAUAGUUUUUUAUAUUUGCCCAAAUCAUUUAAAUGGGAUUUAAUUCGCAGUGAUAAGGAGUUAGCCUUAAAACGGUCUUAUUUUGGUUUUUAGCCAUUUCGUCAAUAACAUUAUUAUUAUUUAUAUUUGUGCUGCCUGACUACAUGGAUAAGUUCUACGUUGACCAUAUUUUCAUUGAAACUAAUGUCUUUUGAUAGGAGCCAUUGUUAAAUUUCUGCCUUUCUUGUGGACAUUGUGGGAACUUUCUCUAGUUUUCUAGUGUGGUAUGCAGCAUUAUUAAGUACAAUGACGGCAUUGUCAUCAAGCUUUGGGAGCGUUUCUUCAAACCAUCGUUCUAAUGAACUCCCGUUGAUUUCUUCAUGGUAGUCAGUCGUUUUCUUUGACUUAGAUGCCCAUAGGGCAGUGGGCACAAAGCCGUCUUCACUGUCAGUGUGACAAAUAACAAAUUUUCCUUUUCCUGGAAAUAAUAAAACAAGCAGAAUAUCUAACAGAUGUUGGUUCCAAAUCUACCAGAUAUAGCUAAGUUUAGUGUAGCUAACUUUUCAGCGUGGGCUCAUAGAUUCAGUCUACUUGACACCAUUUUUACAACACAAAUGACGAAUUAGUUAGAUACACGUACCUGACGGAUUAUUUAGGUCAAUGGUUAGUCCACCUAAGAAGGGUUGUCUUGCUGAUUUAAUUGUAGAGUCAGUCCAUACUUUAGGUUUUGCAUGUCCUGCAUUUAUCCAGGUUUCAUCCAAGUAAUAAAUCUUCCUGCACUGGUCGCUGUAUUUCUUUAUUGAUUUUAAAUAAUUUCUUCUCCAUAAAAUCAAAAUACUAUUUCUGCCCCGUUUCCUAUACUCAAAAUGAUGUUCUUCGAGUAAACUAUAGAAUGUCCUUUUGAAACUUGGUAAGUCUUCAUCACUAUUAAACUCCUGUAAUACAAGUACUUUGUCUAUGGUGAUAAGUCCCUGCAUUUCAAGAAAUUGAUGGAUUGAUGGCAUUCCGAUCAAAGUUAUCAACUGUAUACAACAGCUUCGUGUAGUGUAGCCUCUUGUGUGGUGGAGACAAUUUUUUAUUUUUUAUAUUCUUAAAUAAUGUUGAAUAUUGUCUUAGGACAUAAGCCUGUUUUGUUCGCCACACGUCUUUCAAUUUUCAUUUCAGGAUGCUCUAAAAUUUCGCUCUUAUAAUCUUAAAGGAUAAUUCCUUUUGCCCGAAUAUUCAAAUUCAAAUUCUUGUUACGUUUUCGGGGAGGAGACAUCAAUGAAGAAGAAGCAUGGCUCAAAGAAGCAUUGGGAGAAUUAUUCUCAGUUUCAUCUGCUGUAUCCGUAGACGACAUGUCGGUAUAUAUAGUACUUUUACGUUUCCGCAUAUUUCUUCUAUUUUCUAAAAGUGGUCUUAGCUCUUCAAAAGUUGUUGAUGAAGUUGAGGAAAGGUUUAGAUUGUGUAAAGAUGGGGGCACAUUUGCUUCUGUAGAAUGAACGAUUUCUGAUGUUUUCUCUCAGUUCCGGUUCAAAUACAGAAUUGAAUGUUUCGUCAAAAACAAAAGGUGACUCACAUUCAGUCCUCAAAGAUCUUGUAGGAGAGGGUGUUGUGGUAGUAAUCUAGACUGUAUUUACAGAUAAACAUUGCGGUGCCAGAGAGUGAGUUUCAGUUAUUGUAUGGUGAUCAGGAAUUGGAACCUCUUCGACGAUAGACAACCUGUUAGAUGCAUCGGAAUUCGAUGGAACAGACACUGUGCUCACUUCACAUGCUGAAGGAUUAUCACCAUCAGGGGAAGUGAGCAUCGGCCUAUCUGUCACAUAAGAACCACUAAACUCGGAGUCAGGAAAAAUGUUUUCAUUCAAUCGUGAAAUCCCGGAUACUCCGAAUCCUGAUUGAAUAUUUUCAAUUGUAGCAGCCAAUGGUAGUGACGUUUUAACCAGCUCCGGUAUUUCAUAAAUUGUGAUAGUCUUUCCCGGGUUACUAGCUAGCCAGUUGUCACAUGCUCGAUUGAAUUACUUUUUCAAUGGUCCGUACACAGAUCUGUUAAGAGGUUGUAGCUUGUGGCUGUAACGUGGAGGGAAUGAUACAACUGUCACCCCAUUAGUUUUAAAGUAAUCCAACGCUUCAAUUCAAAAGUACAGGUUUUUCUUUACUAGGUUUAACAUGUUUCACGAAAUCUUUGGCGAACUUCAUAAAGUUCUCUUCUUCCAUCCAGCCAGACGGAUUAGCAUCACCUUCACGUCCUGUAGGGCCAACUCUAACAAAAUGGGACUUGUAAUGGACGCGUGGGAAUACGAAAAAUGGUGGAACUAUAUUUCCUACAGCUGAAACAGCUACUGCCACUGUCACCAGUGUACUCCUCUCAGCAGAUGUCAUCUUGCCUAGAUUUUUAACACCACGUCGUGCUAUUACUCUAUUAGGUACUUGCAGGGUUGUCAUACCUGUUUCAUCAACGAUCCAGAUAUAACCAGGGUUUAAAUUAAAACGUUGGUAAACAGCAGUUAAAUUAGCGAAGAACAUACUGACGUUAUGUUUGUCGAAUGAUGUAGCUCUUGAAAGGCUUGUUGCUUGAGGUGUCCUUUUGGAUAAAGAAGGAUGACGUUUGAGAAACGAGCAUUAACAAUCUUCGCCAGCUAACAAUUUUGUUCUCCAAGAAUCAGGCAUAGCUUUGUCACUUUUUAUGGCGAACUGACAUGCUAAUUUUCGGGUCUCAUAUGGUGUCAAUCCAUAAUCAAUAUCAGCGGCUUUCUUUAAAUAAGUUGCUAAAACUUCUUCUUCUUCUUGAAAACUUGCCUAUUUUUAAUACGAGUAUAUCCCACUGAGUCCAAAGUUAAUUCUGCUCUCGUCAAGUUCGGAUUACGUUCCAAUUUCUCCUUUAGUUUCGCCACAUAACGAUAGGGAAUGUCAUAUUGUAUUGAAGUUGCAUUAAUACUUUUUGUGUCAAAAAUUAUUAGAUGACAAGCUCUUUCUAGGACAACUUUUGGUAUAUCAGCUCGUUUAGUCCUUGUAUAGGUCCUCAUUGUACUGUAACGAAAUGAAUAAUAAAACACGAAUAACAGGGUUAAUUUACGAGAUAUUUUAAACUUCAAAUUAUAUUGGGGUUGGUUGACUUACUAUUCAACCAGCCACGAAAGAAGUUAGUCUAUCAAUUCCAGACGCCAUUUUAAGUUUCAAUGGAAUGAGUUACCUAAACACUGCCAUCAACUUAAGAAAUAAUACAUGUAAUAUCAUCAAUAUGCACCUAAGAAACACACUGACUAAUAGAGGGUUGUGUUUUUUAAUUGUUAGCAAUGUCUUCCCGUGAUUAUGUUUUGCAAGUGCUCUUGUUUCUCGGACUGCGUUCGGUUGCUUUUAAGCAGAUCAGCAACUUCUUUCCUAAUGGUGGUGAUGUUUCAACCGUUUAGUUUGUUGAUGGUCCUGGGGUGUGAAGAAAAUAAUAUUUGGAAUAUCUCUUUUGCCUCUUGAAAUUUAAAUUCUUUGGUAACCCCCUCUUCCGGAAUGGCUUGGAUUGACCUGAACUUAUCUUUCUCAGUUUUUAUGAUUAACAUAAUAUCCUUAUAGUAAAUAUGUAUUUGAGGUCCUAGAAUGUCUGGUCUUGUUACCAGAGCUAAGAGUCUGUUAGCCCUCUCACUCCUUGUGACCUUUCUGUUGUGGAACAUUUUCGUGGUUAGAGAUUAUUAUUUCUAUAAUAGGCAAAUGGUUAACGUAAAAUGUGUCAGAUGGAAAAAUAUGCUAUGUGAAAAUAUGACUUACAUGAUACGAAAACAAAUCACGGUCACUGCUCGAAAACGGCGUGCACCCGCGACGUGGCGCUCCGGAUGACUGAGCGGGAGUUGGAGACAGUGUUGCCAGAUGAAGUUAAAAGAAAAUCAUGAAACUCCUCUGCCGAAAAUCGUGUAAAAUCGUGUAAAGCCGAAAAAUGCUAAAUUUAAUUUAAAUAAUAUGUAUAUAGACACGAGUAUCAAAAUACCAUAUUCAAUAAAUAAACUUUAUUAUAAAUAUCAGAAACGAAAACAAUAUUAAAACGCAAGACACUAACUUAAAAAAGUAACAUAAAGGUAUAUUCUUUUAAAAUAAUAAAUAAAGUAAAUACACAAUUUGUACUCAAAACAUUAUGUUACCGUGUUACGAAGAUUCUGUGUCGCUAGAGUCUUUAUUUUCAUGUUCGGCUAAAUAUAAUAGGCUGCUAUUGCCGAGUUUUCUGCUAAUAUUUUUGUUUAAAGUAAAAGCGUAACAUGUUUUAUUUUCCAUAAAACUUUUUGUAUGCAAAACCUUAUAUUGUUUUUGUUUUUAACUUAUUGCGAAACUGUGUUUCAAUCAGAUUAAUUUGGGAAAAUAUUCUCUCUACAGCCGCACUCGAAUGAGGCAAACACAUAAUUUGAAAAACAAACUCAGUUAAAAUAGGAAAUUUUAGAGAAUCUCCUAUCUUUACUUGGGAAAUUUCGCUCCAAAAUUUUAAAAUAUCAUUCUCAGUGUCAUCCAGUGGGUAAUUUUUUAGCAAUCUUCAUUCAUUAUCCAGAUUCUGAAUUUCAUUAGGAUGAAUUAAAUUUGGAAAAAACGACGCCACAUCAGAAAUAGUGUUCUUCUCUUUGGAUUUCACACAAAUGGGAUCCAGAAACUUAAAUUUUUCUAUUACAGAAUUCUUUGAGGGAAAUCUGAGCAAUAUUUGCUUUGUACUUUCAACAUAAAAAUCCAAGCAUUUCAGUUUGACAGAAUAUAAAAUGUUUCUGUCAAUUUUACUUACAUUAAUUGAUGCACCAAAGUAUAUAUCAUCAAUUGUUAAAAAAUUUAUCGGAUUUUUAUAAUCAAUUUCAUACACCAUGAGGUUCUCUAAAAUAUCUCGUUUAAUAAAAUAGUCCAUUAUGGUUUUUAACACACAUGUCACUUCUUCAUAUACUUUAUGUAGCUGUGGUUUCUCACUCUGCAUUAAAAGGUUUAGCUGGUUAAAUAAAGGUAAUAUAUAUGCCAAAAAAAUCAAGGUAUAGUUUUGUCUCUGGUUUUUUAAGUUUUUUCUAAAAUAUUGUCGGCUUGCAACACUCCUUCAUAAGCUUGCUCCAUAAAAUAAAGGGUUAAGGCUUUAUAUUGUGAAAUCAAUCUUUUGAUAACCAAUUCUAGGGAAAGCCAUCUCGUUUGUGAUGGAUGUAGGAUUUUAUGAGGCAACACAUUUGCAAACUCUUGAAAUUCUUUGGACUGUUUGAGAAAAAGUUGUACACCUAAAACAGAAAAUUUUUAAAUUGAAAACAUGUACACCAAAAUUUACCAAGACUUACAAUUCUUGCUAAUUAUUCAACAUCAUUUGGCAGCUUUUCACAUGCGUACGAUGCGCAAAGAUGAAAGCUGUGGCAGAUGCACUUCAUCAAAAACAGAUUGGGACAUUUUUCCUUAAGCCUACUUGCUAAGGAAUUAUUAGCCCCCAUCAUAUUGUUUGCGCUAUCGGCAGCAAAUCCGAUAAGAUUUGUUUCAUAAGGGGUUUUAUGAAAGAAUCCUCAAUCAAAGUAAACAAGGCCCGUUGCCUCCUUAACUGGUAAAAGGGUUAGAAAAUCUUUUAUUUCAAAAUUAAAUACAACUCUGGCCACAAGGCACAAAUGCUUCGAGCAGAACCUAUCUGUAGAUUCAUCUCCUAUUAAACUAAAUUUAUUUGUACACAGUAUUUCUAUUAGUUGCAUUUUUCCCUCAUCGCCGGUAACAUUUCUUAUUACGUUAGUCAUUUUUGUACGACUACAUUAAGUCCACGAGAUGCAAAACUCGCUUAAUGCAGUAAACGACAAGUUGAGAAAAGUGCGAAAAACGUUUCCUAAAUUAAAUUUGUUAAUAAUCAAUUAAUAAUGUUAACCUGCCUUCAGAGCAUAUACAUCUCUAAUAGCUUUGAACGUAUUUUAAAAAAAUUCUGCAGUUUUAAUAAAUAAAUGAAGAAAAAAGAAAGCAUUUAGCCAGUUUUGCACCAAAAAAUAUGACAUAAAUAGUUUGGAACAAAGUUUAUUCACAAAAAAACUAAAUAGUUACUUAUAGAUUACACUAAAUUUGUAGAGUAAUGUCGCACGGUCUUAAACCACUGCAGCCAGCUUCAACAUCAUUUACAGAAGUCUGGUUUUCCGCUCUUCUAGGGUUAACAAGAUUUUCUUUUCAAAAAAAACAAAUCAGGAUUUUCUUCCCAGGCAUUUCCAUAAUGUUUUUUGAGGAGAGCAAUUAUUGUCGAUUUAUCGCCUUUGAGUUUGCAGCCAAUAGGAAGUUGAGUAGGAUUAAUGCGUGUCAAUUUCAUUCCUCUCUUGACAACAGACUGCUUCGCCCACGUCAACACAAUAAUUGGGCUCGCCUCGUACUAGUGCAUUAUUUUUCCCUUUAGUAAGCACAAACCUUUUAGCCUUAUUAAACUGAAAGUGCCAUGAUGAUGGUGUUUUAGUGUUUAAUUGUGCUUCAUUUUUCCAGUCGUACACCUGCCAAUCUAAACCCAGCUUCCGGAUUGUCGAUUUAUUUGCUAUGAUACGGUCGUAGUCAGAAGGUUUUGAAAUAACAGAUUUCUUUUUCACUUCUCUUUCAAUCAUUCCGAACAACCUAUCGGGUGGUAUAAAAGAAUGUCCUACUACGGGGAAUAUUACGUUAAUGGACUUUAUGUUCUGGGGAGCUUUCGUCAUCAACCAAACAGAAAGCAUGGUCAUCAUUAUAAUAUUCUUAUUUUGCCCCCCACAUCCAUCAGCAAAUAAGCGAAUUGUAUCAAUUUUAUCGGGAAAGUUAACCUUAUUCAGUACGUCCCAGACAGCUGAAGCUAUUGAAUUGGAGUUUUUGGGAAAAUCCACCUCCGUCCAUACAUAAGAAAAAACAUUUUCUGGAACCAAGUGUGCUGCCGAUGAUCCAUGAAUAACUGUAAAUUUGUAGUAGUUAAUUUGUUGACUAAAAUAACUAUCUUGAUCCGGAAGUUUCGGCAAAGGCAAAUUCUUCUGACAAUCGAAUGAAAAAACCGCUGUAUUUUCUGGCGGCUGCUUUAGUAAGGUAAAAAAUGCUUUUGCUUUGAGUCUAUGUACCCGUUGCUCGGUGAUAAUAAUUUGCUUUUCUGAAUUAGAAAUAUUUUUAGUUUUCAACUUUUCCUUGGUUCUUAAGCAGGUGGAACAUAAAUCGGUUUUUGGGGUGCCGAAUCCGAUGUUGUAAUUAGCAUUUAUGUAUGUCCUAAAAAAUCCCAAUUUAACAUGUAAUUCGUUAUCUCGAACUUUGGAUUCGUAUAUUUUCCAUAAUUUUGUAAAAUUAAGUUCACAUGGCAAAUAAACACGAGUACUGGUUUUACUUCGACAGUAAUGGCUCUCUACGCAUUGGAGAGAUUCAAUAAAAUGUUUUAUUGCCAACUUUUUAUUAUCGUUUUUAUUAAGGAUGCGAUCACCUCCUCUUGUUUCUCGUGGCAUAUUCCCUUUUAAAACAAAAUUUUUCAUGACUCUCUCAAUCCGGUCUCUACUAAGGAAGGUGAUUUUUAAGAAUGCUGUCUUACAAACACGGAUUUUUUUAGCAGAAGUUCUCACAUAAUAGAAUAUGGAGAUUUUUUCCUUUUUCACUUUCGAUCUAUUGCACUUCUGGCCUUCACAACUUGCAAUUAUAAAACUAUCUUGUUUACAUUUUUACUUAGAUGCAUACAGUUUUCUAUGAAAAUCUUGAAUUUGGCUCAUUGUUAAAGUGGUACAAUAAUACGGUUUGCCCGGCUGGCCAUUAUGUCCACAGGUCGGGUACUCCGGUAACUGUGUCGGAGUGUACCUAAAAUAAUACAGUUUUAUAACAAAAUUUAUUCUAACAAAUCGACGUCGUUUUUACUACCUCAAUCUUUUGAGCUUCUGCCUUUUACUUUCCGUCGUAAUCAUCUUUCUACACAUGUUCUGUGGAGUAGGUUGUAUCGCUAAAGUAACACUAUCAUUGGCUGCAGAAAUUUCACUUUCUGUUUCCAUUUCAAUACUUUUAAAAAUAGGAAACUUUAAGUUAAACAAACAAGUCAGAACACCGCUAAAACGCAACUGACUCAAACCACACAAGUGAACAACCAACAUCUGAUGCUCGUCACUCAGCACGUGAGUAAAAUCCCCUGUUGUGAUUGGACGCCUUACAAAUAGAGAGUAUUGCAUCGCACGCGUCAAUGCAUAAAGCGAGUUUUGCAUCAAGUCAUGAUAUUCGGGCCAGAUUUCCUGUGUUAAAAAGCUAGGUUUGCUCUAAGUACUUGUGUAAAAUAUUAAUUAAAUAUUGUACGAACAAGAUGGGGUGCUUAACUAGUUUUUUCAAUUUUUGUCGAUUAGCGAGUUUUGCAUCUCGUGGACUCAUUUGAUAGCUUGCGCAAUUUCAGAAUCUGGGCAAAUACUUUUAACUAAAUUCGGAAUAUGUUCCAUUAAUCUUAUUGGCAAGAUAUGCUCCGCUAUAAAACCAGCAAGUCGCAAAACACCCUCUUUUGCCUUUUCGUCGAUAUUUUUGGAUUUUUUGCCAAAGAUUGACGCCACAGAUGGCUGCGAUUUGAUGGUUGAUAUUGACUUUAUGUGUUUGGAAGUGGUGGUAUGCUUUUUAAUUUCUCCUUUGCCCCUGGCAAUACUGAUAUCGCGACUGCAGAAUUUGCACCUAAAAUAUUAUAAACUUAAAUUAUUUGUAAAGUUACAAAAUCAUACAACAAACUAUCAUACCACGCGUAAGUUGGACCUUUCUUACUUGACUGGAGCCACUUCCACUGUUUUUCCCAGUCCCUUUUGUAUUUCUGCGUAUAAUCCGCACUUUUUAAUUUUUUUUAGGCGUGCUAACACUGCUAACAUCUUUUAUUUCUUGCAUCGGCACAUCACUCUCACUAUCAGAAGUAUUACACAUUUUAAAUACGAUUUAUAAUAAAAUACUAGAUGGAAGUAUCAGUAAGCAAAAUGCACAAGUUAAAACAAGUAGUGAAGGCAAACUGACAACGUACGACGUGAUCAACAUGACCGGCUCUACGGGAUUCCGCGAAUUAAUCAUCGGUGCCGCCAAUUGAUAGAUCGCGUGAAAGCCUAAAACUUUCCUAUAUAAACAUGAAUAGGUGGAGUUGAUACAUUGAUUUGGGUGCUGUUGGCAUUUUAAAUAAGUAAAAGUAAUUAUUUUUUUUAUAAAAUCUCAAAAAUCGCGAGAAUUGGCACUUUAUUCGUGUAAUCGUGUAAAAAGGACCGAAAUCGUGUAAUUACACGAUUAAUCUGGCAACAUUGGUUGGAGAGUAAUGCGCGGCUGGGCCGGGAUGACGUAAUACUCAUAUCGUUGUCGAGUUAGUCUACAUACCCCUAUAGUCAACCAUCCCCGGUCUCCCCUAGUGAAAUUCAUAAAUCAUAAGAGAAAACUGUUUUACCGAUAGAGAGAAACACACCUUUUUCUAUAUUUUUGAAACAUUAUGUUCAACGUUGUACCAGACGUAAAUUUUACAUGAAAAUAUUUCAAAGGAAAAUGACAUAUUUGUUUAAACAUAACGUUAGCAUGACGCUGAAUAAAUUCUAUAAACAUUUAAAGAAGUAAUAAACACACAAAAUAACAAAAACGAGCAUUGAUACUUUUUACUCUUUUUUUCAUGAAGCGCUUUAAAAAUAUAAAAAAGAAGUGUAGCACAUAAUACACCUUAAUAAAAUACUAUAACGAAUAUAAAUAUUAGAAUAAUAGUUUUCGAAAUUACUUAAAUAAUGUACUGGUUUGGACGCCGGCCUGUCCCUCUGACAGACAAGGAUUGAAAUUAUUGGGAAAACUAAUUUACAUUUCACUGUAAUCAGUAUUUUCAAAUAUAUUUUUAGAAUAUCGUAAUAGCAUGCAUUGUUUAUAUCCAAAAAUCACACUAUGAACAAACUACCAACCAAUUCCAAAAUUAUCAAAUCAAAAAAGAUCGAAGCAAUCACUGCAAUCGGCAUACAAUCAAAAAUAAUGAAAAAACAACCAAAAAGAAAUUGGUAGGCAACAAAAACAAAUUAAUAAUAAUUGAAAACCAAACUCUGAAUCUACCUAGUCCGAAAUCGUUAACUGGAAUUAUGUGCUGUGGAUCUGCUUCCGCGAUGGCUCUAGCGGUGUCCAUUCAUAGCUUCUAUGUAAGCUGUAAGUCCGUUGUGCCAUUCAUCCAUAGGUGGCGUUUGAAGCAAGUACGCGUGGCGUGGGUAGUACUUGAGUGACAACGAUGGUGAUCAGAUCGCUAUGAUAGCGAAUGUUUUAGAUAUUGUGAGUGCAUUUGCGUAGUGUGCAAUUUCCCGUACGUAAGCCAAGCUCCGCAAAUGGUACGGUGCCGAUCUGCUUACUUAUUCCCUAUGACAUUGGUAAGUAACCGCCAAAAACCGUGAAAAGACUUACAAGAGCAUGAGGAUAAUCUUCAGAUGUCCCAUCUACGAAAUGUUCGCCAAAGUAUUAGGAAUCCAUUGUUAAAUUUUUUUAUUUUAUGUGCCAAAGAGUCUUUCCAUUUCUUCGUAGGUUAAUUUUACGUUGGCAACAUUUUCUUUUGGAAAUGCCUGAAAAAGGGUCAUGUUUAUACCUGUUAGUUGAAAAUAAAUAUUGAGGAUUGUGUAUCUCAUUAAGCUAAGUUAAUCAAGAUUUACCUGGUAAUAGUAAGUAGUAAAUUAAAAGAGCACUUGAACAUUUCUAUUACGUGAUAAAUUGUACUUUAUGUAAUGAUGCAGUUGGACUGCUCUUUUACUUCAAAAUCAGGUUUUUUCUAUCGAUUGGAGCAAUAACAUAUUUGAUACUUUUGAGAAAAACACAUAUUUAUUGAUGCUAAUGCAUAUCAUUGUUACUCAUGUCUCUAUACAGGGUGUUUCAGAAAUAUGUGACAAUAUUUCUAGGGCAUGUAGUAGAUCAAGAACUAACCUGAAGGGUUCAUGUAAACAUGGGUUAUAAACUGUCAUUUUGCCAUGUUGAAAUUAUAAUUACAAAAUCUAAAUAAAAAUCAAAUCUUUGUAGUGGAUUGAGACAUUUGACAUUUGGUGCAUGAUACAAAAACCAAUACAUAAAAAAACUCUCGUGUUGAAAUUGAAUCCGUUGGUGUAAAUAACAUUAUUCCGCCACCGACUUUUUUAAAACAUCAAUUGCAUUUUUGGAUCAAUUUUACAUGAAUCUUUUGGAGAAAAACAGGUUUGGAUAUUUAAUACAAUCCGUAAAAAAAACUCAAACCUGUUGUACUUUGAAAAUUAACUGAGGCUAGUAAAGUUUAAAAUUAAAAUUAAAAUUUUUAUGUAGGAGAUAAAUUGUUACUGUAUAGCGUUUUUUGGGCAAUGUUCAUGUUUUGUCUUUGUCCUUAUUCAAUCUCAUUAGUGGCUUAGAAAUUCACAACACACUGUAUCUUGACAAGGAGACAUUUUAUGACCAAAAUUAUAAGUUUUUUGUUUUGUAUAUAUUUUCUGCCCUAGAAAUAUUAAUAUGUUUUUCGGCAAUACCCUGUAGAUUAUUGUUUGUUUUGUUUGAACAAUAGUGAAAUUAAUACUCAAACUGGAUAACUAGCUAUAAAUGCCUAUCAAGUAUUCUUUAAUUAAAAUUGCUCUAUCACAUACAUACCUGCACUUUUGCUUUUUUAAGUACAUAUUCAUAUUGAGGCAAAAUAUAAGGCGUCCCUUAAAUUCCGAACCUUUUGAAACUGUGAUAUAUGAAACAAAUUUUUCUUAGAUCUGCCAUUUAUAGCUUUAAACCAUAUGGUUUGGGUCACUAAGGUGAAUAGCAAGAGUUUUUUGAUAAGUUAAUAGUAUUUACUUUUGAUACUGUUAUACAUUUACUUAUUAUUGAAUAGCCUUUGUGACAUUAUUUGAUAGGCAUUUAAUAAACCUCUCGAAUAUUACUUACUUUAUAUGUAUAUUCAUUGGACAACUCCACGUUCCAAAGUUUUUUUCGAAAAUUGCGCUUAAAAGACACAAACAAUUCCUUCAAACUAGUCUAAAAAAACUGAACGCAUCAUUUGCCAUUGCAAUUCGAAGUUGCUGUUACAAAACUCAUUCUAUGUUUUGAAGACGGAAAUAUCAUACCAGUUUUUAGUUAACGUUUUCCUUAUUAAUAUUAUGGAUUAUAUAUUUAGUUUCGCGUAAUAGUUUUUUUUUCUGUAAAUAAUUCUUCAGGUAUGAUAGAUAUUGUUUGUAUAUAAUCAUCUGUAUUUGAGACUUAUUGAAUAUACGUGAUAUUUUUUUAAUUGACUUUUCUCUGUAUCUGUUACCCCGUUACCUGAAUGCCGUCGUUCAGUAAAUGCCAGAAAGAAAAAUAAACAUUCCAGUACUCGUAUUCUAACUCCUGAAAAAUAUAUAAUGUACAAUUUGAAAAAGACCGGCGAGGUCGCCUAAAUUCCAGUAAUUGUUUUCUUCUCAUCUGUUGUUUUAUUUAACAUGGAGACGAGUCCCGUCUGCACCAUUAAUUCACAGUCUAAUGCAUGAGAACUUGAUUUGUCGCGAAGACAAUCUCGUCAAUUCCAACAGCUAAGAAUAGAAGAUAUGUUUAUUUAGGAUUAAGCAGUACCAGAUACAGGAGCGGAUUGUGUAGUGUGGGCUGCCUACUUUUUGAGGGUAUUGUCAAGCCAUUUGUGCUUAUUGUAAAGUAACUAAGAAGGGAAAUGAAUAACAUUGUAAGAACAGAAUGCAUUUAUCUUAAG